UACUGCGUGCCCACGAACUCAAUCACGCAGCCAAUCAUUCCAACGUGAGCAGCUCCUCCCAUUUCUUCUCUAUAUACCCCUCUUUCUCUACCCCUCUUUCUCUCUUUCCAUCAAUCGCUUUCGGCUCCUUGCAUUGCGUUUGGAUCCCCCCCUGGUAGAAUCAGAUACCAUCCAUAAGCUCCAUCAGGUUCUAGUGUUUGAGCAAUGGUGCUGGGCCUCCGUACUAAGACAAAGAAGGAUGCUGCCAUCCAUGUAGACUUCAACAUCUUCAUCCAGGAGAUAAGCCCAUGGCCCCCUUCUGAAUCCCUCAAGUCUUUGCGUUCUGCGGUUCUUUUUUGGGAAAAUGGUGAGCGCAAUUCAGGGAAGACAAACACCGUUGCACCUUCAGUCUGCUCAGGUUCCACAGCGGGGAAGAUCGAAUUUAACGAGUUCAUAAGCAUACAGGUUGUUUUUCAGAAGGAGGGCUCAUCGAAAAGUGGAAAGUGGCAAAAGAACUUGCUUGAGUUGAAUUUAUAUGAACCAAGGAGGGAUAAGCUGAAGGGGCAACAUUUGGGAACUGCAACACUAGACUUGGCAGAACAUGCACUGUUUCUUGAGGACACUGUUGUUCCGGUGCCUCUCAACUCGAAGAGAAGCUUUAAAAGUAAUGCACAUCCUAUGGUUUAUCUUCGAAUCCAGCCAUUGGAUGGGGACAGCUCAAGUGUUUCCUCGAGAGAUGCAUUACCAAAAGAGGCAUCAGCUGAUAAGGAUUCAAAGGACUUCAUGUCCGCAACAAUGAGUGAGGACUACACUGAGGAUGCUGGGUUUGCUUCCUUCACCGAUGACGAUGAGGAAGGAACUCCAUGUCCGUACCACUCAGAUGGAAAUGUGCAUACAGGUAGUAAUAGAUCUCAGGACUCUGUCAAGGGGAAGGAUGCCAGGGUAUUUGGCAAUGAAGGCACCAGCUCAUCAUUAGAUUCCCAGCGUGAAGUGCCAUCUUCCAGUACAAAAGUGCGGAGUGAAGAAGUUGAAAAGCAUCCAAUUCAAAUGCAAAAGACAACCAUCCAUCCAGGGACAGAUUUACCGGGAGAAGAAUCUCCAUCUAUUCCACAACACAAUGCUCUCAGAACUGGUCGUAAAAUGUCUUUUGCUUAUGGUAUGGCUGACUCCAACCUGAGGCAAUUUGGCGAGAGAACUUACAGCACUUUAAAUAGUGAUAGAGCUAAGAAUAUGAGGUUUAGUAUGAGACUUCCAGAUAUUAAUGGAAGCACCAUAAGUAAGAAAGUUGAUUCCCAGAAGGAAGAAGUGAAGGAAGUUGAUUCAGAAGAUAUCUUGAUCGCUCAUGAUACUAAGAACAGUGCUGUUAAUGGAAUGCAAGCCCAGGCACCAGUGCGUAUUUCGAAUAAUAGAAGUGACAACAAAAUUCGAGAACUUGAACGUAAGGUUGAGUUGCUUGAAACUGAGCUGCAAGAAGCCGCUGCUUCUGAGAUAGGCCUUUAUUCUGUGGCUGCUGAACAUGGUAGCUCGGCAAACAAGGUCCAUACACCUGCACGAAGGCUCUCUAGGCAUUUUGUUCAUGCAUUUAAAAACUGUCCGAGAGAAAAGAUGGGAAGUGCAGCAAGAAGUGCUUCCUCUGGGCUGGUUUUUGUUGCAAAAGCUUGUGGAUACGAUGUCGCAAGGCUGAGUUUCUGGUUGUCGAACUGUGUGGUGCUGCGAGCAAUUGUUACUGAAACUUCUAAGCAAUCGGACAUUGGAAAUGACAUUAAUGCUACUGAUUAUAGUUCAAAAACUGCACCGAGGAGAAAUUCCGCAUCGAUGUGGGAAUCGCUUAAUCGGAAGAAAGGGAAUUUCCUUUCACCUGAGUUUGAUAACUGGGAAGAUAUUGAUACGUUUAUAGCUUCACUAAAGAAGAUUGAAUCAUGGAUAUUCUCACGGAUUGUAGAGUGCAUUUGGUGGCAGGCAUUUACACCACAUAUGCAAUCUGCUUAUAUCAGUACUAAAUCAAUGACUGGUUUGAAUGCAAAGAAAUGUUACGGAAGGAUUACUGUUGUGGGCAAUCAGCAACAAGCAACCUUGUCAAUAGACAUAUGGAAGAAGGCUUUCAAACAGGCAUCAGAGAAGAUUUGCCCUGUAAGGGCAGCUGGACACGAGUGUGGGUGCCUGCCUAUGUUGGCCAAGUUGUUGAUGGAACAGUGUAUAGCUAGAUUGGAUAUAGCAAUGUUCAAUGCUAUUUUGCGGGAGUCAGAAGAUGAGAUACCGACAGAUCCCAUUUCUGACCCAAUAACUGAUCCUAAGGUUCUUCCCAUCCCAUCUGGGAAGUUUGGCUUCGGUGCUGGGGUCCAACUGAAAAAUGCUAUCGGCAGCUGGUCCAGAUGCCUUACUGACUUGUUUGGUAUGGAUAUGGACGACUAUCCAGAAGUUGAGAAUGGGGAUGGUGAAAAUGGCAUUGCUGAAACCUACAGACCCUUCUAUCUUCUAAAUGCAUUAAGUGAUCUCCUAAUGAUCCCUAAGGAUGUGCUCAUGGAAACCAGUACCAGGAAAGAGAUUUGUCCCACCUUUAGUUCAUUGAUUGUCAGGAGCAUACUUGUUGGCUUUGUACCAGAUGAAUUUUGCCCAGACCCAAUUCAAGAUUCCUUGCUUCAGGCUCUAGAAUUGGAGGAUCAUCUGGAGAGCAGUGACAAGGGCAUACGGGCGAUACCAUGCAGUGCUUCACCCAUCUUGUACUCUUACCCUGCACCUGGCACAAUCCUAAGCAUCAUUGGUGAUCCUAGGAAGAGCGGAUUGGCAGUCCUCCGCAAGUCUAACACGAGUGAUGACGAGCUCGAUGAGCUGAGCUCGCCAUUGAGUUUCAUCUCCAAGGCGCCAACGAAUCCGCUUGCCAAGCUGAAGCAGAUCAGCGGCUCAAACACGGUGAGAUACAGGCUCCUCCAUGAGGUGUGGAAGCUAGACGACCAGUACUGACUUCCUCUUAUGUCCCUGACGUACAUAUGUGUAAGCUACCUUUUUUGCCAUAUUGUAUGUGUGAUCUUUCACAAGCACCGGAGUGGGUGUGAUGGUACUACAUUAUCAAAAUAAUUUGGCGCAUUUAGAACACAGUGUUUUUCUUCAAGUAGUAAGCUACCUGUGAACAUCAACGAUGAAUAGAUGAAUCAGGUUUGGUAUAACUUGACACGCCGGAAUUGGCAAAGGUAGCGAGACGCGUGUCUUCUUU